AUUAAAUGUCAGUUCCUGAAAUGAAGGUUGGAAAGUAUAUAUUAAAUAAGAGAUCAAUGAUAGGGAAGGGAUCAUAUGGAUUAGUUUAUUCAGCAUCAUGUGAUGGAGAAGAAUUUUGUGCAAAGGUUAUAGAAUAUUUAAGAUUAGUAAAUAUUAACAAAUGGUCCAUAAAAGAAAUUUACAGAUAGAGAAAUAUAGAUUUUAAAGAUGUUAAGAGAUUCACCUAUUUAAAAUCCAAAUAUUGUUCAUAUUAUGGAUGUUAUUUAAAAUUAGGGAGAAAAUGAGAUAUAUAUAAUAAUGGAGUAUUGUAGAGGAGGUGAUUUAAAGAAGGAAAUGGAUUAGAAGAAAAAAUAAAAUAAUUGGUACACACAUUAAGAAAGUGUUAACAUUAUAGCUUAGAUUAUAAAAGGAUAUAAAAGUUUAUAUGAUGUGUAAUUUAUACAUAGAGAUUUAAAACCAGCAAACAUUUUAAUAUCAAGUGGAUUUUAUAAGGUAAAGUUUAUUAAUUGAUAUUUUAAAGUUAGCUGAUUUUGGAAUGGGUAGAUUUAUAGAUCCUACUUAAUCUGCAAAUGUUGGAACUCCAGCAUAUGCAGCUCCUUAAAUCUUCUUUGAUCCAAAUUAUACUGAUAAAUGUGAUAUUUACUCUGUAAAUCAUGUGUUAUUAUGUUAGUUAGGUGUUAUUUUUUAUGAACUUAUUUUUGGAUAAAAACCUUUAAAUGCCAAAACCUCCUAAGAACAAAUUUCUUUAUUAAGGAAUACUAAGCAAAAUAAAAUUACUAUUCCUAAACAUGAAAAUGUAAUCAAUGUUAAAUAAAAAUAGUUAGAUCUUCGCGUCAGUGCUCUAAUAGAAUAAAUGCUUUCUUAUGAAGAAGAAAAUAGAAUCAGUUGGGAUGAUCUAUUUCAUCAUCCCUUAUUUAACAGAUAAUAAACAUUAUAGGCAUCCCAUUUCAGAAAAUCUUCAUUAUUAGUCUCUGAAUCAUAAACUAAAUACUAAAAAAGACCAAGCACUCCAUAUUAUCAUUUUUCAAUAAAAUUUUAUAAUUCUUUAGAAGAAGCUUAAAAUCUUAAUGGUUUUAAACAUUUUGCUGAAUUUAUCAUGUCAAAAGGAGAUGUUGCUUAUGAUUUAGCUAUUGCCUUAACAGAAUAAUAAACUAUUCUGCCACAUAAUUAAUUAUAAGUUUUAUUAUUCUGUCUUAUUAGCUAUAAAUAUUUUGCUUGUUUAAAUACUAUGGGUAUGUAUACAAAUUAAGUUAAUUAUUGCCAUUUAUCAAUUAUCAAACUUUUCACUCAAUUUCAUGAUUUAAUUAAGGAUUAUUCUACUUCUAAUACUGAAGAGUGUUAAUUAAUGAGAGGAAUUAUUGUCUCAUAAUUAGGACAUAUUAAUGGAUAUUAUAGAGUAAAAUCAUAGUUUAACUCAAAUUUAGGAUUCAUAAUAAUUAGUAUCCAAAAUUUCAGAACUCAAAAAAUAACAUCCUGAAUUUUAUUUAAAAGUCGUUGAGAAAGAUACUGAUUACAAUAACUACUCCAGUUAUUUAACUUGGUUUGCAUUCUUCUAUAAUUUAUGGUUUUCUGAGACAAUCUUUCCUAAUUAGAAUCAAAUUAAUAAAGUUCUUUCUUUAGAAACUAAUUUCCCUAAUGAAAAAUUUUGGGCCAAAUCACCCUCUUAAAUUAUUAGAAUAAGAACUAAUAGUUUAUGAUGAAGCUAUUAUUUCAAAUAAUAAAUAUAUUUAUUCAAGAC